CCAGCACCGGCGAACACCCGCGAUCGGAGAGAUUUCCAUUCAACUGCCGCGUGCCACGACUGCAGCUGGGAUAUAGAAGGGAAAAGAUACAGAUAGCAAGAGAAGUUGCAGGAAAAUGGCCGACAUGGACGAAUUUGCGCAAACCCGGGGCGCUGAUGAUUUAUUUGACGAUGAGAUCAUCCCCGUUGCUGCGGAGGAGCAAGCUCGGCCUGAGACCCAAGUACCUGGGGAAGAGGAACAUGUGACACCACCGGCAGCUACGGCGACAACUACGACGGAACUGGAAACAACACCUACUCGCACUGAUACCCCGCCGCGAUCUCGGGGUGGUGAGCGACGAGGACGCGGGAAGGGAAGAGGCCGGGGUGGGAGAGGCGCACACAAUUCGGGCCCGAGACGGACAGAUGCACCUAAGAAUAAGGUCGGUGAUAUUGAUGCAGAGCCUGAGGUCCGUGAUGGAGAGGAAAAUCCAGCGGAGGUUCCUGUUGAGAAGACAGAGCAGUCGAACAAGGACGAGGCUGCUGCUGCUGCUGCUGCUGCUGCUGCUGGACCAGAGGCCCCGCGGGUGCCAGCUGUUCGUGGAGAUAGGAGCGCAACCGGAGGGAUCAAAAAGCCAAAACUUACGGAAGAAGAACUUUCGCGGCGCAUUGCCGCUGCCAGGGAGAACGCAGCCAAGGUAGCAGCCGCGCAUGCCCGCGCUGAAGCAGACCAGGCAUCAUUCUUAGAGCGCGAGAAGAUUGCGGAGAAGAAGCGCCGCGAGGAACGACAGAAUCGUAAAAUAAUGGACUCUGAGAGAGAGCGAAACCGACUACGGAAGCUGGAAGCGUUGAAUGGAAGAGAGUGGGAUGCAGACAAACAAGAGGAUCAGUUCAGUGGGCGCGGGGGCAAACAGUUCCGUCGAGGAAUGCACGGUGGUGUCUCUGGAUAUGGAAGACGGGACGUAGGGGAAUCUCAAGUUGGCGAAGAACCACCACCGCACAGCCCCCGUGGUCGUGGGCGAGGUGGAAGAGGCGGACGCGGUCGUGGUGGUCAGCGUGGGCCCCGAGAUGCCUCAUCUAGCGAUCGACCCUCAGAGGCACCCCAAAUCUCCGGAAACAAGACUGCAUCCUCUGCUCCCGGUAUUGAUAACGAAGCCGAAUUCCCCUCUCUUCCUGGAGGAGGGAAGAAAGACAAGGUCCCAGACAAAGCUGUACCUCCUCUUGAUGAUCUCAACCCCAAGCCGUUAUCACCGGUCUCUGGGGCGACAUGGGCAGAACAAGUGGAAGCACAGCCGGAGUAGACAUUAACAGUUGGCUUGAUGUUCUGGCUUACUUUUUCUAUUCCUAUAACUAUAUCUUACCCCCCGGAUGUUUAUGAUUUAACGCAGAUUGUUCAUGUUUAUUCCCCCCCCAAAAAUGCUGUGUCUGUGAGGAUACCACCAAGUCCAUUCCUCUUGUUAUGGCUUGAUAAAAUUCACAUCCCAUUCGUUUUGUAUUUCUUCAGAAACCAAAUUCAUCUACCUACAUAAAUCAUACCCCAUGCUUCGACCGCUGCUGUUGGUGAUAUUUGAUAAUUAUUAAGUAGGAAUGAUUCAUGACUAUCCCAUGCUUC